AUGGAUCCGAAUAUGUCACGCCCGCCGGACUACAGCCUCCCGCCCUACGAUGACGAGGACCUCCAUCACACACCCACCGGUUAUAGUCCCGCUGCUGUGAGACUGUUGACAUCCGAAGAACACUAUGAUCCUCACACGUAUGUACCACCCCCAUCACCCAGCCAGAACCAGAUUCAGACUCAGACUCCGACUACUACACGCCCUUCCCCUACCAUUUCCACCUCCCCCUCUAUCUCGCCUUCAAAGACAACACCCUCUCCCCUCGAACCGCCAGUAGCGUUUCCUCCUCCAUUGUCCAUCUCACCUACGACCCUCAACAUGUCUUCAGAAACGGGAGAACGGGCAAUCCAGUCCAACCCUGAUCACCAAGAUGGAGUUGAAGCAGAUAUCACAAACCAAGAACAGGAACCACCUUCACCCAACCCUCCUUCAUACAAUCGCUCAGUGGCCGAAUCUCAAUCCCUGUUGCCUAAGAGGCCAGUUAAUGGCGGCCCUACUGCAAAGUUGCAGAACAAGUCCAGAAACAGCAUCCAUGUCGCCUUCGCAGAUCUACCUCGAGAUCUACCUGAGAUUCCCGAGGGGAUCAGCGAAAGACGCAAGGUGCACAAGGAACAACAACACCUUGGCAUAGCAGCGAACCCUCCCGUACCGCCGCGCCCAUUGAGCCGCUUAAAGAACAACAACUCACCUGACAAACUUCCCAGUAUUCGAAGCCCUCGAAAUCUCCACUACCAGCCGAGCGUUCGCUCAUCAAGAUCCGGAUCUAUAUUUAAUGACGCUCCAACAUUGAAUCCCCCACAUGGGUCCUACAUGCCAGAAGGGUCCUACAUCGAUGGCUCAUAUGUGGAUGGCUCGUAUGUGGAUGGCUCGUAUGUAGAUGGUUCAUACCUGUCCUACGGCAGCAAUGUUUCCCCAGAGCGACCAUGGACACCCUCAUCGCGCAUGUCCGACUUCACCAGAUCCGAUCUGUCAAGGCCUCCUGCAAGCAACGGCAUGUAUGAGCCCUCCGACUUGAACGGAAGCCCCCGACCCGGAACUCCAUCAUCAAGAUACGGCGGUAGUCCACGACGCCCACUUCCUCCACAGCCUCUAUUUUCAAACUCGAGACAGGCCGUUCCACCCUUUGCAGACGAUGCGACUGUCUCUAUUCCUUUGCAUGAGCACGAUGACGAUGUGUUCGCGCCUGAAUCCGACCUGAGUGACGCGCGACCUCAUCCCGUUGAUCGCAGUUCAUACCUUUCUGGAGAGUCCCAAGACACCCUAAACGAAGAAGAUAUGGACGAGUACGACAAGGUUGAGCAUUAUGGCCCUGCGCCCGCUGGCGCCCAGCAACGAAGAGGUGUUCGCGCUCCUCAAAUGGCAAGGAAAGAGGUUCAGCUCAUCAACGGUGAACUAGUCCUGGAGUGUAAGAUCCCAACAAUUCUGUACAGUUUCUUGCCACGACGUGGCGAGGUCGAGUUCACUCAUAUGCGAUAUACCGCCGUCACAUGCGAUCCCGACGACUUUGUUGAAAGGGGUUAUACACUACGACAAACAUUUGGCAAGACAGUCCGAGAAACAGAAUUGUUCAUCUGUGUCACCAUGUACAACGAAGAUGAAAUUGGCUUCACCCGGACGAUGCACGCUGUCAUGAAGAACAUCUCGCACUUCUGCUCUCGAACACGCUCUCGUACUUGGGGUGAGACUGGGUGGCAGAAGAUCGUUGUUUGUAUCGUCUCAGAUGGUCGCGAGAAGAUUCACCCUCGCACCCUGGAUGCCCUUGCUGCCAUGGGUGUCUACCAGCACGGUAUCGCAAAGAAUUAUGUCAACAACCGCGCUGUUCAGGCCCACGUCUACGAAUACACAACUCAAGUCUCUCUCGACGCCGAUCUUAAGUUCAAGGGCGCUGAGAAGGGCAUUGUUCCUUGCCAGAUGAUCUUUUGUCUGAAGGAGAAGAACCAGCGUAAGCUCAACUCGCAUCGAUGGUUUUUUAAUGCAUUUGGCAAAGCCCUCAACCCUAAUGUCUGUAUCCUGCUUGAUGUCGGUACCCGCCCUAGCGGUACCUCGCUCUACCAUCUUUGGAAGGCCUUUGAUACCGACUCCAACGUUGCUGGCGCCUGUGGAGAGAUCAAGGCUAUGAAGGGCAAGAUGGGUAUCAACCUGCUCAACCCUCUCGUCGCAUCUCAGAACUUUGAGUACAAAAUGUCCAAUAUCCUGGACAAGCCUCUCGAGUCUGUCUUUGGUUAUAUUACUGUUCUUCCCGGUGCUCUCAGUGCCUACCGAUAUCACGCACUCCAAAACGAUGAGACUGGACACGGUCCACUCAGCCAGUACUUCAAGGGUGAGACAUUGCAUGGGCAACACGCCGAUGUCUUCACUGCCAACAUGUAUCUCGCUGAAGAUCGUAUUCUUUGCUGGGAAUUGGUAGCUAAACGUGGUGAGAGAUGGGUCCUGAAGUACGUCAAGGGAUGUACUGGUGAAACCGAUGUGCCUGAUACUGUUCCCGAAUUCAUUUCACAACGUCGUCGAUGGCUCAACGGUGCUUUCUUCGCUGCUGUCUACUCCCUCGUCCACUUCAAACAGAUCUGGUUCACAGACCAUACUUUCGCUCGCAAGGUUCUUCUACAUAUGGAGUUCUUGUACCAGUUCAUCCAGCUCAUGUUCACCUUCUUCUCCCUGGCCAACUUCUAUCUCACCUUCUACUUCGUUGCAGGCGGUUUAACGGAUCCAAAAAUUGACCCGUUCGGGCAUAAUAUUGCCACAGUCAUCUUCCACAUACUGCGGUACUCCUGUGUGCUCUUGAUAUCCACGCAAUUUAUCCUCUCUCUCGGAAAUCGACCGCAAGGCGCGAAGAAGCUUUACUUGGCCAGUAUGAUUAUGUACAGUAUCAUCAUGGUGUACACAACCUUUGCUACAUUCUACAUCAUUAUUCGCCAACUCACAAGCGACGAUAAGACAAUAAAGAUGGGCGAGAACGUCUUCACCAAUAUGAUUGUAUCUAUCCUCUCGACGAUCGGCAUGUACUUCAUCAUGUCCAUCUUGUACUUGGAUCCCUGGCAUAUGAUCACAUCUUCGGCACAGUACUUCAUCCUACUUCCUAGCUACAUUUGCACUCUACAAGUCUACGCCUUCUGCAACACUCACGACGUUACCUGGGGAACCAAGGGUGACAACGUCAUGAAGACCGAUCUUGGUGGUGCUGUGGGUAAGGGUGAGACCGUUGAGUUGGAAAUGCCAAGCGAGCAGCUCGAUAUUGACAGUGGCUACGAUGAAGCUCUUCGCAAUCUUCGUGAUCGUCUUGAAGUCCCUGAGCCUCCUACGAGCGAGUCCCAGUUGCAAGAAGACUACUACAAGAGCGUUCGUACCUACCUGGUUCUCACAUGGAUGAUUGGCAACGGCAUCCUCGGAAUGGUCGUGUCUGAGGUUUACAGUGCUAGAGGCAUUGGUGACAACUACUACCUGCGCUUCCUCCUCUGGUCUGUCGCCGCCCUCGCUGUCUUCCGUGCCAUCGGUUCUACUACCUUUGCCAUCCUUAACGUGAUCAACAUGAUAGUCGAAGGCCGGGUGCGCUUGAGUCUCAAGGCACCCCGAUGGAUGGGCGGCUUGAAGGAGAGGGUCAGCGACAAGAUGAGCAGCGUGUCGAGCAACCUACGCAGUUGA